AUGGGGACAGGAGACCCCGAAGCUGCAGCCUUAUGGAUCCUGGAGUUAGAGAAUGCCUUCGAGUUACUGUUGUGCACUGAAGCAGAAAAGGUCGUCCUGGCAGCCUAUCAAUUGAGAGGGAUCGUAGCUACAUGGUGGAAGACUAACAGAAGGAUAGUGUUCCCUGAAGGUGUGGUUCCAGAGUGGAAUGUUUUUCUUGAAGUCUUCAAUGAGAAGUAUUUUUCUAACUGUGCUAGAGAGGUGAAGAUAGCGGAGUUUCAGCGCCUUCGUCAAGGUGCCAUGUCAGUUGAUCAGUAUGAAGCGAAGUUCGCCGAACUGUCGCAGUAUGCCCCUGAGUUGGUUCAACGACCGUCAGACCGAGCUCGAAGGUUUAGAGAUGGGUUCCGACCGGAGGUGAGGAGCUUGUUGGUACCACUAGAUCUGAAGGAGUACAAUGACCUCUACAAGCGGGCCUAG